AUGCGCUACUCGGAUCUUGCGACUCGGAACGACGGAUCAAUGUCGUCGCACGCAGGCAGAAAUGCGCCGAACGCGGCGCAAAACGAGGCGCCAAAUCCGACCGCUGCGGCGGAGCUCCCGCCGCCGUCAUUCCACGUGGACGUGGCGAUUGCGGGCGGUGGACUCGCGGGGCUCGCGCUCGCCGCCGGCCUGCAGUCACGCGUCGUCGAGGCGGCCGUUUUCGAGGCCGCGCCCGCGCUGCGAUCUAACAACAGCACCGUCCUCGUUAUCUGGCCGAACGGCGCCGCCGCCCUCGACGGAAUCCUGCCCGGAUUGAGCGCAUCCGUGGCGCGACACGGCACGCUGGUCAACCGGCGCAGCCUCUGCAACCGGCGCAAGCCGCCUCCCCCGCCGCCGCCGCGGUCGCCGCCAGGCGGAGCUGACAGCGGGCCGGGGGAAAGUGGGUGCGCGGAACGCGGCGGAAGUGGCGCCAGUGGCGCAAGGGCGGGAGGCGGAAGUGGGGUUGGGAGCGGCGCAGCUACUCUAAGUUCUGAUUGGUUGGUGGCGGAGACGGAAGAAGCGGGACUGAACAUGGUGCCAUGGCGGCGCAUCCAAGAGGCACUCGCGUCGGCACUCCCUAGGCCCGAUUUGGUGCGAUGUGGGCAUCGCGUGGUGGGGUACCGCCCUGUGUUUAAGCGCAGGGGUGGCGGAGAGUGGGGAGCGGGGGACGCAAGGGGGACGGGGGGAGCAGGGGAAGCGGGGGGAGCGGGAGAGGGAAGUGAAGAUGGGGAAGGAAGUGAGGUGGAGGCGGUGGAUGUGAUCUGUGAGGUCGCAGGUUCGAAUCCUGGCGAGAAACAAAUUGUGGUUGUGAGGGCGAAGGUGCUGGUGGGAGCUGACGGGGUGAGAUCAGCCGUGAGGGAUCAAAUGAUUGGCGAUUCACCCCGGUUUCUCAAUCAGAUCGCAUGGAAUUCGUUCCUGAGCACUCCAGUUGAUGUCAGCAGCAGUCCCGCUGACGUCAGCAGCUCAGGAGAAUCAAGAGAGGCUGCUGUUCCCGAAUUGACGGCCCUGAUCGACGAGGUGUCGGGAUGCAGUGCGAUCUUCAUCACUUUGAAGAACGGCGAGAGAUUCUGGCAGGUGCGGUACGUUGAUUAUGAAAUGGACCCAACACUCCAAGACACCCCCUUUGCAGGCUUCGGCAGCAAGCAGAACAUUAAAGCCCGCCUACUCCCUCUCAUCCAAGCCAACCUCCCCCACAAUCCACUCUGGAAGCUAGCCUUCCGAGAAGCUUCCUCCACCCCGGAGCAUCUCAUCUUCGAACGCCGCCAGCUGGAUCGGCCGCCGCCCACUGAUUCCUGGAGUGACUCUGUAUGCGGUAACAGGGUUGUUCUUAUAGGGGAUGCGGCCCAUGCCAUGGAUCCUGGGCCAGGGCAGGGGGCACUGACAGGGUUUGAGGAUGCUCACCAGUUGUCCCUCUGCUUGGGUGAGACGGGGGAUCCGGACCUGCUUACCAAGCCUACUGCUGUGGCUGCGGCGGUUCGGAAGUUUGAGGCUCGGCGGAUAGGGCGGUGCGUUAAGGUGCAUCGGCAUGCGACUGCGCUGAUUGGGUAUGGGGAGGAGGGGAUGGAGUUCAAGAGCAGGAGUGUGGAGCAUCAGAUGAAAGCUAGCAUGGAGUUUACAAGGUGGAUGUACUCUUACCCUGACAAGAUCGAUGGCGAUCCAGAGUCCACCCUUUUCAAGUAA